AAAAAAAGGAACAACCAGUAACCAGUAACUUGAUGAGUCAAAUGUCGAGUGUUGAAAGUGGAAGGAAAGAUCCAGCAGGGAAGUAUUCAACGAUGGUAAAUCCCGGAAACUUAAGUAAGUUCAAAUGCAAUUUUUGUGGAAAAGAGAUGAAUGGGGGUGCCUGUCGAGUUAAGCAACAUCUUGUUGGAGGGUAUAGGAAUGUGACUAAAUGUGUUAGAUGCCUAACCGAGGUUAGAGAUGAGAUUUCUGAGUUUAUGGCUAAAAAAAAGCAAGUUAAGGAGCAAAUCAACUUGAUGCCUGAUUUUGAUGAUAUGAUUGAUGAAGAAGAUUUUGAGGAUGAGGAUGAGGAUGAUCUUGUAGAACUCCCUCAGCAUGGUAAAAAGUCCAUUCCUACUCAAGGUUCUACUUAAAGAACCAGCUCUGGUUCUGUUCAAUCCAAAC